ACAAAGACGCCGCCGGCGUGCGAUCCCGGCGCCCGGGCUCUGCCCGCCGCUCAUUGGCUCCGGACCUGUGGGCGGGGCCUGGGAGGCCUGCCAGCGAGGCAAAGGAGCCGGCCGCUUUGGGGCCUUCAUCUCCCAGCUGGCGCCUUGACUACUUCUGCCUGGCUGUAUUCAUGUUCUGAAGAGGGAGUGAGAAGGAGACAUGGAUCCUGCGGCAUUGGCAGAAGCCAUUGUGGAAGAAGUGGCCUGUCCCAUCUGCAUGACCUUUCUGAGGGAGCCUGUGAGCAUCGACUGUGGCCACAGUUUCUGCCACAGCUGUCUCUCUGGACUGUGGGAGGUUCCAGGAGAAUCCCAGAACUGGGGUUACACCUGUCCCCUCUGCCGGGCUCCUGUCCAGCCAAGGAACCUGCGGCCCAAUUGGCAGCUGGCCAAUGUUGUAGAGAAAGUUCGUCUGCUGGGGCUGCAGCCAGGAAUGGGGCUGAAGGGUGAUGUGUGUGAGCUCCACAGGGAACCGUUAAAAAUGUUCUGCAAAGAGGAUGGCCUGAUCAUGUGUGAGGCCUGCAGCCAGUCCCCUGAGCAUGAGGCCCACAGUGUCGUGCCCAUGGAGGAUGUCACCUGGGAAUAUAAGUGGAAACUCCACGAGGCUCUGGAGCAUCUGAGGAAAGAGCAAGAUGAGGCCUGGAAGCUGGAAGUUGGUGAGAGGAAACGAACUGCCAGCUGGAAGAUACAGGUGGAAACCCGAAAGCAGAGUAUCAUGUGGGAGUUUGAGAAAUACCGGCGGUUACUAAAGAAAAAGCAGCCACCAGGUCGGCGACUGGAGGUGGAAGCAGCCGCAGCUCUGGCCAGCCUCGAGCAGGAAGAGGGGGAGACCAUGCAGAAACUGGAGCAGAAUCACAGUGAGCUCAUCCAGCAGAGCCGAGUGCUGUGGAGGCUGAUUGCUGAGCUGGAGGAGAGGUCUCAGAGGCCUGUCCGCUGGAUGCUGCAUGGUAUUCAGGAAGUCUUAAACAGGAGCAACUGUUGGAGUCUGCGGAGGCCAGAACCAGUCUCCCUGGACCUAAAGACAGAUUGCCGUGUGCUGGGGCUAAGAGAGAUUUUGAAGACGUAUGCAGCUGACGUGCGCCUGGAUCCAGACACCGCUUAUUCUCGCCUGGUUGUGUCUGAGGACAGAAAAUGCGUGCGCUAUGGAGACACCAAGCAGAAACUGCCUGACAAUCCUGAGAGAUUUUACCGCUACAAUAUCGUCCUGGGCAGCCAAUGCAUCUCCUCAGGCCGGCACUACUGGGAGGUGGAAGUGGGAGACAGGUCAGAAUGGGGCCUGGGAGUGUGUAAGGAAAAUGUGGACCGGAAGGAGGUGGUCUAUUUAUCUCCCCACUAUGGAUUCUGGGUGAUCAGGCUGCGGAAGGGAAAUGAGUACCGAGCAGGCACCGAUGAGUACCCCCUCCUAUCCUUGCCAGUCCCUCCCCGCCGGGUGGGGGUCUUCCUGGAUUAUGAGGCCCAUGAUAUCUCUUUCUACAAUGUGACUGACAACGGCUCCCACAUCUUCACUUUCCCCCACUAUCCCUUCCCUGGGCGUCUCCUGCCCUACUUCAGUCCUUGCUACAGCAUUGGAGCGAACAACACGGCUCCUCUGGCCAUCUGCUCCCUGGACGGGGAGGACUAAGAGGGCCACCAUCCUAGCCAGAGGCCUUGGAGUUUCACCUGGCCCACAAGGGUCAUGGAGGGUGUCGCCACCAUCAAGGAUCCCCUUGAACUAAGCUGAGUCUAGGAUCCAGGGAGUCCUCCGCCUGACCCAGUAGGCUGUUGCUACUCGGCCAAGGUCUCUCCCUAAACUAGUUACGUAAAGAAAGCUGAGGCUCAGUCAAAUGAGCAUGGCAGGCCUGUGAGGGAAGCACGACAGGGCUGAGGACGAGGAUCGGAGCAGUUGUGAGAUAACGUGUUGGUGUCAGAGUCAGGACUCUGUCUUUCUGUAGCUCGUGCUCCUCUUCCCCAGUCCCUGUGGGUGCCAUAAUUGAGUCAGGCGAGGAUGAUGAAGGAGAUCCAGUCUAUAGGAAACCCUUUGCAUAGGGUUUACCAAAAAGCCACAAGAUAAUUGUUCGUGUCCAGAGCUGGUUGCCACGCUGAUACCAGAGGACACUCUGCCUGAGGUUUGCUGCUACCGAGCAACCCAUAUUUGACCCCAACUCUCUGACCCCCCCCCCCAACUAGAGAAAUGCCUUGCAACAUUGCCUAGGCCACCCCAGUGUGCAUCUCCUCUCUGAGCAUAAGCUGGGAAAAUCACUGUAUCUCAGACUCUAAGGAGACCUAUGUCCUGGUCCUGCCCUUUCCUCCAAGUGUCAGGAUCAGAAAACCUGUGAGCCUUGUUCUUGUGUUCACUUUAUGGAUGAAGAAACUGAAGUGGCCUUAAAUGCAGUAAGUUACUUCUCACGAAACUGUUGAAAAGAGAUUGUAAAGCUUAUAAAGUAUUUCCCACAUUCAAAUGAAACAAGAUGGACAAACUUGCUUCUCAGGUCACCUGUCUGCAUAUCAUUCAUUACAGUUGGGUCUGAAACAUCCUGUGUUUGAAGGGUUUUAGGUGUCCUCAAUGGAAAAAUGGGUAUGGUAAUUAUAGACUCUCCUACGUCACAGGAUUGUUGUGAAAAUCUCAGAUCCAUCCCGUAUUUUUGUCCCUUUCUCAGGGAUGGAGGAAGGCAGGCCACGGAUUUCGCCUGCGGUAGCCUCCCCGCCUCGCCCUCUUAGAGCCAGCAUCUGUGUGGCAGUGCCUUUGUUUCGUAGAGCCUCUCCCGACAGUCUCAGCCCUUUAGACAGAAAGGUGCCCUUGCCAGUGGCAGGCUCUGGGCCACAGUGAUAUGUUGUGCAUCUGUUGUAUGUGUUUGUGUUGGGAUUAGAAUGGGGACUAUGACAUCAGGGUAGAGAAUGGAAAUAAUAAAAAGAAAAAUUUUAAACAUAUGCACUGGGAAGAAGGCUCACCCACGAGCUAGUUGGGCUAAAGUUUGGAUCUUUUUGUCACCAAGGGAAUCUUCAUGGCUCUGGUAACUGCAUAAUAUUCUGCCUUUCUCUUCUCUAAAUCUAUAACAGAAGAAGGAAAAGGCAUAAAAAGCCAGCUUGGGAGCCAUACAUUAUAAUGAAAGGGAAUUAAAACUCUAUAUCUGGGCUGUUGACCUUAGAGUGAUGGUUAUAUGUGCCAAAAAUAAUUCCUUACAGGGCUUAAGAGUGUGAUGUGGGAAUGCUUGUGCCUGGGGACAAAUUGCAAGGCAAACAUGUGGAAACCAUUGGCCUUGCCUAUUGCAAGGGGCUCUGAUGUGUCAUCACGUGUCAUUGCCAUGACGCCAUAGUACACAACUUCUGAUGUAGUUUAAGCUUGAAGAUAGUGACUGUUGAGUCAGGAUUGGACAGCAAAAUAGUUACUAGGUCAGGUAUAGGCAGAAGCAAAGUAAUUCCUGUAAUAAAGAAUAGGAAAAAUUGUCUUUCUACUUUAAUUGUAUUGGUUAUUCAUGUAAGGAGGAGGUAAAACAGGCUAAAAUGGAGAAAUAAACUCAUUCUGCCCACCAUGCUUCCAAGUUGCUCCUAGAGCAUUAGUGGAAGGGGAGAAGUUUCCAUUCUCUGCUUGGAGAGGAAUGAACUGGUAAGUCACACACCUGGUCUUGGCAAAGGAUUGAGCUGACCUACAUUAAAGGGACCAUGUGCCUUUGUAUAGGGGGACUCCCUGGGGAAUUGUUUAUAGACUUGAGAAAUCAAUUUUUAGGAAGUUCUUCCAGUUAUGUCCAUGGGCACUUAGCAGAAGAGACUAAGGACUGAACCAGUGGUGUUUUUUUACUAUGGUUUUAUUAGGACAAAUCCUGGAAGUCUCUUGGAAAAAGGAUUAUUCGGUAAUAAAUUCAUUUAAACCUAGAGUGAAAUGAAUAGUGUGGAAUGACUUCAUUGGUAACAUGCAGUUUUAGGGAGGGUUUUGGUUUUUCUUUAGCAUUUAUAAGCUGAUUUGGGUGCUGUGAUUACUUGUGAGAAGUACAAGGUGUUUAACCUUGUUUAUUUCAUACUGUCUGAUUUUUAAGACCAGGCAAGAAUCUUGAAGUUCUUAGGUAUAUGAAAACCCUUUUCAGUAGGGGAGUUGCUUAUACUUCCUUUCUAAGAACCCCAUGAAGACAAGAAACUUAUUUCUCUGGUUCACCAUCGUAGCCCAAUCUAGCAGUGUGUGUGUGCGUGUGAGUGUGCGUGCGUGCGUGCGUAAAUAUUUAAAAGAGAGAACUUUCCUUCAUACACCUAGAAUCAAAAAUAAGCUCUUGUCUCAUAGGGGCAUGAACAACUGGAUGGUACUUAAUUAUGGUUCUGUUAAAAAAAAAAAAAAGAAAGAAAUGAUUCUAUGGAUAAUCACAAAAGUGGUCCAGAAAGGGAGACAGCAGGUGGUCAUGAAGAGGGUAGAGUGUCUGCACCACUCCCUCGAAUGCCUAGGGUAUCUCCUCCAUCUUGGUGACAUCAUUUACUGCAAGGCAGGGAUGAGCUUUGCCCAUCCUUAUUUUACUAGCAGAGAAACAAGGGGUGCAAUGCCUGAGCCUUGAGGUAAAAGACUAUGAAAGGGGAAAAUAGAUAGUCCUGCAGAGAGACAGGGAAAAUCCUUGACUCCCCACAGGAAAUCCAGUCUCCCAUUUGUCAAGCAGGAUUGAUUUUAAUCUCUCAAGAUCCAAACACUAAGACUCUGUGUGGGUCCCAGGCACUAGUCAAAUGGCAUAUAUUGCUUAGUGUAAGAGGGCAGGAGUCAUGACUGAUCUAUCAGGAGAAGCACAGGAUUUUCUAUUUUGGGGUAGCCAUUGCAGGGAACUAGUCCACUUUGGAAGUGUGGGUCCCAGCUAGUUUCAGGGAAUACCAGUGUGAAUGAAAUACAGAGAAGGACAGACUUCUGAGGGAAAUGGUGGGAAGAAAUUUCUGUUUUGAGUGCCAGGCUGAACUAUGCCUUCGUUGCUUUACAUCAGAUUCUUUAAUGUAUCUAAUAUUCUUGCAUUUGAUGAACAUAGUCAAUUUUUUGGGUUGCUUAUAGGGAAACAACAAUGUGAUUUUUCAAAAUGGAAAUCUUAUCAAAUGCGCAUGACUACCUCAUGAUGUUGAUUUGUUUUUAUGUUGAGGAGGAGUUUCUUUUUCCUACUCUUUGGGAACUCAAUGCAUCACCAUUAGGUUUUUAGAAGUUGAUUCCUACUUCAUGGCACUCAGAAAUAGAAUACAUUCUAGGUAGGUGAGUAAUUUAAUACUAGCAAAAAGUAUAGAUGCCAAGUUGUUAAGCUGAGUGUUUGAAACAGCUAUCACCUGAGUGAUACACGGGAAUACACGGGACCUACACGGGAAUACGCUUUCAGUAGUGCCUUGAACUACUUAAAAGUGUGGAAUUAGAAAUUUAUUGGGUAUAUUUUUAAGUACAGACAAUAUGUCAGAUGUUGUGUUAUGUGGUUUCUAUUCAUUAUUUUCUUUAAUCUUUAAUAUCCUCUAUGAAUUAACAUUGUACCCUCCAUCAAUAGCAAGGAAAUAGUAAUACUCAGAUAUAAUAAUUUGUUAUCAACACUCUUAGGAAAUUAUCUUUUAUUAAGAUUUUCAGAUGUACCAGAAUCAAAUAUACAUAUCUUUUACAUUUGAAAUCUUUUUCUUUUAACAUAUGCUGGUUAUUCAGUUUAAGACUUUCUGAAAGGGGAAAUAAAAACAAAGGCCAAAUAUAUGUCUGGUGACCUGGAGAAGAAUAGGGACAUUUCAGCUUCGUUAUUGAUACUGUUUUCUAUUAACCUGCUCAUCCUGGAGCACACUUCCAUGGUGGUGUGCAGAUGAAGAAAGACCUAUUUUAUAGUUGAUCUUUCUUUUAUGCCUUAUAGUUAAGUUAUACAGAACCAUAGUGGGAAGCAAAGAGAAAGAUGUCCACAAUCAAACUCGCAUUGCCUUAGCUUCUGUUGCUUCAUAGCAAAAGGCUGGUGAUUAGUACACUGAGUCCAACUAGCUUAACAGUAGGGGAUAAUUUAAAAGGAUAUAGAGGUAUCUUACAGAAUUGAAUAACAGAGAUGUACCUGGGUGUCCAGAAUAAAUUGGAAUCAGAAAACCAGAGACUCCAUUUCUUCAUCCCAUCUUGCUAAUCUGCUUAUCUUGCUGUGGAACAUAUUUCUCUUUCCAAGUUCAUGUGUUAGAAAAUGACCACAGUCAGUGAUCCCAAGUUUAUAUCUCCUCAGAUAAACUGGGCUUCAGUUUGAGUAGAGAAGGACUCUGGUCCAGGUAUAAGCACAUGACCCAAGUUGAGUGGAUUCAUCACUGGGCCAGAAGGCAGGGUUAUAUAUUAACAGUUGCUUCCAUAAUAAUCACAUGAGUAAAUGAAAUUCUGAGAAAAUCAGGCAGGUGUGUGGGGACCAAACAGUUGGUUUUUUCUGUGGGGGAUGGUGGAUACUCAGUUGAAAAUAAGGGUCAGAAGCUAAGGAAAGAAAAAUCCCAAAUCUAUAUUCUUUGCCCAGACUUAUCUCUUAUACAGAUACUAGUUGAUUGAAAUCAUUAAAAAUGUCAGAAAAUUAAUCAUUUCAUAUACAUUCUUGCUAGAAAUUGGAAAAUUAGACAAGAAUGCACUUUGCAGCUUCAUCUUAGAACUCUCUAUGGUGCUAGGCAAACCAAACCAGCUCUACAGAUUUCUAAGGCAUCUUUGAAUGCUUGAUCUUGAGUCAUCUUGAUUGCUCAAGAUCUGAACAGAAUGUGUGUUUAUGAACCCAGUUUAGAGUAGUCAAAGAGGCAGUGCAUUAGCAAGCUCCAUGUUCGCUUCUGUAUUUGUUUGGUCCUCAGGCCAUAAAUGAUGGGGUUUAAGGUGGGUGGGAUGACCACAUACAAAUCAGCUAACAGUACUUGAGUGUGGAGUGGCACCAUAGCCUUCCCUAGCCAGGUCACAUAGAUGGAUGCCAUCCCAGGUAAGUAGUACAGAGCCAUAACCCCCACGUGAGAGCCACAUGUGCUUAAUGCUUUCAGCUGAGCAUUCUUUGAGGAGAGACCACAUACUGCCCGGAGAAUUAGUUGAUAGGAGGCAGCAAUGAAGGCCACAUCAGAACCCACAAUAAUGGAUGAGCCAAUCACACUGUAGAGACUACUGGGCAUAGGGUCAGCACAUGCCAACUUGGCUACAGCUAUGUGCUCACAGUAGGAAUGGAGAACCACAUUGGAACCACAGAAAGGCAGAUGACUUAACAUCCAACUCAAUGGAGUCAUAAAUAUGACAGCUCUAAUGGUGAUGGCCAUACUCAUUGCCAGCAUCAGUUGAGGUGUGAGAAUUCUCUUGUAGUGUAGGGGCUUACAGAUGGCUACAUAGCGGUCAAAAGCCAUGGCCAGCAAUAGCCCUGUCUCCACAGAUGUGGCUGCAUGGACAAUAUACAUCUGAGUGAAACAGGCAUUAAAGCUGAUAGAGCCAUUUCCUGAGAAGAAGAUGCUCACCAUCUUGGGUACCACAGAGGAGGCCAUAACAAUGUCCACAGCAGCCAGAACAUACAGAAAGCAAUACAUGGGCUCUUGUAGAGUGAAAUCUAUCCAGAUUACAGUCAUUAUGAGUGUGUUUCCUAACAGAGAUAUGAUAUACAUGGCACUCAGUGAAAUAGCCAGCCAAAGAUGUGAAGACUGCAAACCUGGGAUACCCACAAGGAAGAAGGUAGCAGGGGUUUCCAUUGUGUGGUUAUAGGGUAUCCCCAGCAUCACAGAUGAGACUGCUUUCCUGUUAACACAUAAAACGAUGUAAGAAAUGGAUGCAAUCCUCUAAGACUUUUCCCAGCUGUAUAGUGCUAGGGACACCUGGUGGUAUUUUCAAUUCUGUGGACUACAGGAUCAGAAAACUGACAUCUGACAAAUUUAUCCUGUUCCAUCUUCCUCAGGAUUCUUUGCCUUCCUAAUUUCUGUUCAUUGUUAAGGUAUCAGCUCAUGGCUUACCUCUUUGGGGAGCCUUCUCUACCCUCUUCCCCAUCCCAUGCUGAGGCUAAAUUAUGUAUCUUUUUUUUUUGAGCUUUCAUGGAAUCUCCCAUGUUGACCUCUGAAGGACCUAAACUGGCAAUCCUAAUACUCUACCUAUGACUUUGUUGUAUUUAGUCAACUAUGUGUGUCUUUUUCAUGGCCUUAUACCAAGCGUGUGACCCAAAGCUGUGGUACACAAAUCCAUUAAAAGAUCUGUGUGCUCAUAGCGAAUAGUUUCCACAGAAUGAGUGAGAAAACAGAGGAGUUUGUCUUCUAUCUUUGUACGUUCAGUUCCUGAUACUUAAUAAUUAUUGAAUGAAACAAUGAACUUCUUAAAUUGAACAUAUCACAUUUUUUGUC